CCCGUCUGUUGCAUUGUCUCAUUGGGGACGCAGCGUACGGAGCGCAGCGCCAUGGCAACUCCACCGGACCGGUAGGCUUAUGAGUGACAUUAGAAAAAAGAAAAAAACAAACAAACCAGGACGGUGUCAACAGGAAAUUAAGCCUGGAUUAAUAUGAGACAAGGCUCGUUGAUGUUCCCUCGUUGUACCGGUGGCUUCAUUAAUUCUAGUCUUGUGCCAGUGAGCGGGGCUGAGGCUGUGGGCUGCAUGGCACGUUAGAGAUGCUGAGGGUUUUAUUUUCCUUAGUGCGUUAUAUUCAAGUGGCUGCUAUGUUGCUUUCGCUCGUCCGGACCCGUGUUGCUCUACCUGGAGCGGGACCGUAGUCGGUUCAUUCCUCUCAUCCAUUGCACGGCAGCCGAGCGGUGGUCAGCGGUGCGCCCCCGGUUCCGCCCGCCCCGACGAGGAUGGCCGGCCGCCGCGGCUGCGUGAACUCGCUCUGGUCAGGCACCGAGCGCGUCCGCAUCGGGGAGCGCCUCAAAGCGACGCUGGCCGGGGUGCUGGAGCUGGAGGUGCUCAGGUGCAAACACCUGGAGAUGGUGGACGCCGCUCUGGAGGUCCGAGCCGACGCAGACGCCGACGACGAGCCGCGGACGGCGGAGGAGGGGAGCGGGACCCCGGAGAACGCCGCCUCGGAUGCCGAGCGUGGCUCUGCGACAUCCCGCAGGCAACAGGCUCUGUCUCCCUCAGACGCAGUGGUAUUGCCUUGUCAGAGCAGCCCAGAGGACUGUGGCAGUAAUUCAGUGGAUGGGACGGUCCACUCCUCAUCUGGCAGGGGGAGUAAUUCACGCUGGUCUACUCUGUCCUGGGACGCCCCGUCUGACCUGCUCUCGCCACCAACACCGGACCCCAGUGGUACGGUCCACGUGGACUGUGACUCCAGACCUAGUUCAGGUUUCUAUUCAGUGAGCGGGAGCUCUCUGUCGGACUCUUGCUACUCUGUGUCCAGUGAUGUUGCUCAGGGAGGAUCAGGGCCACCAGUCAGAGCCCUGAAGCUGUGGGAGCAGGUUCCUCCGUCUGCUGACAACACUGACAUCCUGUGGUCAGAAGGUGCAGUGCAGCAGCAACAGCAACAACAGCAGCAACAGCAACAACAGCAGCAACAGCAACAUCAGCGUGCACUGCAGAGCAGCCAGGAAGAUGCUGAACUAACAGAAGGGACACCAGUUUCAGUCCAAAGUGACCUUGAAGCGACUGGUCUGAGUUUUCUGUCUGACCUCUGCUCAGGACUGGGUGACUCCCUGAUUUUUUCCCUCCUCCCACUUUUUGACUCCACCUCUUGUUCCUCCGCCUCCUCCCUCCAUCCAAAACCCCAGCUGGACCCUCGCUACUGCACAGACCUGGUGUCCCGUCGGACCAAAGAGGUGUACCCCUACCCCAGCCCGCUGCACGCGGUCGCCCUCCAGAGCCCCCUCUUCACCUCCCCGAGCCAGGAGCAAUCAGCAUCUCCGAGCCCUGAAGGACCCCAACUAGAUGAACCGCAAGAGUCCAAUGCUGAUCUUACUCUGCCUCUCCAGACGCACCAGCAACCUGCCCUGACUUCCUUCACCCAGCUGGAGCAGUACAUCUCUCGACUGGCUCGACAGUACCACGGUCGGGUAACCUCCUCCACCUCCGAUCUCACUUCAGCUGCAACCUUUGGUCCAGUCACACACAGAGGCCUUUGUACCCCAGGCAAAAGUCACGGUUCCACCCAGUCCCUUUCUGCCUUUGAGAGCCGCAGUACACUCAGUGUCACUCCCUGCAAGUCACUCCUGGGAAACUCUGCCAGAGUCAGUCUCAGCACUACCGGGAAAAAAGCCACUAGGAAUUCAAUCAACCUGGGAAACCUUCCUUCAGCGACUGGAGAGGACUUGAACAUAAAUCUGCAUCUCAACCUGAACCUGAACCUGACUCCUGGUUUAAAUUCUAGCCGGGGACUGGUGGACAAUCCCAAAAAUGGCAGUUGUGGAGCUUUGAGGAGCGACUUCGCUCCUGCUUCCACAGCCUCUGCUACAUCCCUCUCCUCUGCUGCGCCCACCCCAGCACUUAGAACUCGCCCUCGCAUUUCAACAUGUCCCAGCAGCCUGAGCCACCGCAGUUCCCUGGAGGUCACCUCAGGGCCUGGACCCAGUUCUGGAUUUGGUUCAUCUGCCUUCUGUCGCUCUUUAGACUGGAGCAGUGGUCCUCCAACUGAGACUGGACCAUCAGUGGUUGGUUCAAGCUCUGGAUCAGCUCCUGGGUCUCAGCGCAGCAGCCUGAUCCAAGAGUCCAGCUCCAGUCCCAAAAUAAGCGAAGACUCCCCAAUGGUGGGGGAGAUCUCUCGUCUCUCUGGCCUCUCUAAGGCUGUUGUGGUCGGACUUAUGGAACAAGGUGUGGAGCUGGACAUUGACUGUUUCCAAACAGAUACUGCAGGUGAGGUGAGGGGUCACAGUAAAACUCACUUGACAGCCCAGCCUGAUCAGUCACAUGACUAUACUAGACUGACUGACCUGAAUCCCCAGAGACCAAUACAGCUGUCUCUAAGUGUCACCCAUUCUCCACAGUCUCAGUGCAGCCUUACCCCUCCUCUCUCACACUCCAGCAGCCCCAUACACCCUUAUCAGUCCAUCCAUAUUCCAUCUCCGCACUACUCCUCACACUGCCACUACCAGCAGAUCCCUUCCCCAUCCGACCUUCCCUCUUCCACGGCCUCCUCCCCUGCCUCCCGGCCCAACCCCCGGGGCCGCUCCCCUCCCCGGCCUCUCCAGCCGUCCCCUCUGGGUGCCACUCCACUCUCUGUUUUUCGACGGGAUGCACCCUUCCAGUGCUCUCUGCCUCGCACCAGUUCGAGGAGCUCUCCUUUGGAGCAUGGCGGUAUCCAACCGAGGGGUGGAUCACUUCGCCAAAGUGGGGGAGGAAGUGGGGGUAGCGGUGGGUGGAAGAGGGCGGAAGGGGAGGGGCUUUACAGAGGAAAACAUGCCUCACACAAGUUGAUCAGGGCAGCCACAGUAAGCAGCUAUGCCAAGAGAGAGGACUAUAGCUCCGUGUGGAGUGAGGAACAGGAGCAAUCAGCAGCCAAGACACCCAGGAAGACCUCCAACAAACUCUGGAGGGGCUUUGAGGGACGCCUCUGGGGCAGAGAGUCUGAAAGCGAGAGGGAGGAGAUGGACAGAGCUGAGUAUGGCUACGGCUGGAGGAGGAACAGCAUUGGAAGCUGGAGGAGGGAGCAUCGAAGGUUGAAGGCUUCAUCCAGCAGCAAUGACAGGAGACCAAAGGUAGAGAACUCCCCCAUCUUCUCAAAGAAGAAGGGGAAGGAAGAAGGUGAGAGACGCAGCUCCAGCCUCAAGCUCUCCAGAAGGGCUUUGUUCAGGAGUGAGUCCCAAGGCUUACUGGUGCCUCGUAACCACAGCGAGGAGCCCUCAAAGCGGGCACACUGGGUCUCCUCAUUAGACGUGGGUCAAGGUGGCAUGUACAUCAGCAAACAGGAAGGGGUGAGACUGCUGAGAGCAAAGGAGGAAGACAAACGCCUGUCCUCCACCGCUAGCCUCUUCAACCUCUCUCGUUCUCAAAGCCUGGAAGGCAGCUGCCAUUCCCUCUCCCCUCUCUCCUCCCCUUCCUUUUCUCCGUCCCCUCCACCACGGAUGCCCCUCCAGCGAUCGCGAUCCCUGAGGGACUUGGGGAGGAGAGUGUUUGGCUCCAUGAGGUCCCUGAGUCUCAAACGGAAGCCAUCCAAGAAGUGACACUUGUAAUCGAACAUCACAGUAAAUGCAUCUUCCAUGUGUUACGUUCAAAACAUCACAGAUGGUUGGUAUUAUGGUAAAAGGAAGUGCCAUUCGUUUAAAUUUCGAGCUUCAAAGAUUUGAUUGAUACACUGGUUUUUAUAAGAGGAGAUAAAAUAUAUCUGCUGGUCUUUUCAUCUGUAGGAUGGAAGUUACUUUCAGGCACAUGAAGCUUGUAAAACCUUUUAUUUUUGGCUUAUAUCAUUCAUUCUAGUAAUGUUUUUGGAGAAGACUUAGACACUUUGUAUAUCCCUCCAACAAACUAUUAAAUGUCUGUCAAAUUUCUCCAAACAGGUUCUGCAGCAUAAUCAGAAAGCUUUGCAGCCAAGUGUUUCCUCACUGACAAUGUGUUAAUGUAUAUUGUGCACCCUAUAGUACUAAGCUGUGGGAUGUAGGAUGGCCCACAGACAAAUGUCAGUGAAGAAAACAGGUGACAACUUUAUUUAAGGGUGAAUAUUUGCUUUUAGGAGCUGCAACGAACUACAAACCUUUUAAAAACUUUAUUAGUGUGGAGUUUUUCAUAGUGUGAAUGCUCAAAGUAUUUGACAUUUCAACAGGAAAACUAUUCUGGGAUCCAUUUGUGGCUGAAAAGUAUCCUGAUUUAAAGAUACUGACUAUGAACUCAGAAUAUUGGCUAUAAGCAGCUUCAUUACAUAUUGGUUGAAUCCUCCUGUAACCAUGAGUAUGAAUGUGUAUGUGUACACUCGCCUUCUGCAUGCUGCUCUGUGACUUGUUCAGUGAUUAUAGCUAUUGUGAGAAUGUGAUAUUCCUCUUUGUUUAUGGGCAAUAUUGCCUCUGAAGUACAAUCAUAUUGGCCAGAUAAUGACCAAAACUAAGCAAAUACUCUUUAACUUGAUAUUGUGCUCAGGAUUUUCAAAUAAAUAUUGAAUGAUUAAAAUAUUGAUGAGUUAUUUGAGACAAAAUGUGGCUUCUCAUGGCUUUCUAUUAAUAAA